AUGUUACCUGGAAAGGGUAAACACGGUUUCAAGAGAACGGGAAAAGGUGGAAAAGAUGUCGGAAAAGUCACGGCGGGAACGUCCAAGUCGAAAGAAUCGCCGGCGAGCAAAGUUAAAAACAACAAAGAUUUGGAUUUGAUAGACGAUAAAGAUGGCGUCAUAUCGUCUUUGCCGUUGUUCAGGUUGGCGGACAAUAGCAGGAUGUUACCGAGGUACACGGCCGUACUCGCGAGAUCGGAAGAAGAUGGAGUCGGAAUGGAAGAUCUCGACACGCUUCAACUCGAAUUGGAAGCUUUGCUAUCUUGCGUGGCUGUUCGAAACAGGGUCAUACGGGAAGAGAUUAAACUAUUAGAAUCUGCCGAAGAGAAAAGAGAUAAAAAAUCAAAGACGACGGUUUACGGCGGGAGCGGGAGCGGGAGUGGGAGUGGCAGCGGGACCGGGACCGGGAGCGGAGGAGGAGGUAUCAAACGUGGAGCUAGCACGAGGAGCGAUGAUAGCAGACCCAUUAAAAUACUAAAAGAAAAUUUGAAAUCUGACGUCACGGCAUCGUCUGGAAAAUUAAACAAAGUUAAAUGUCCUUCAGGUGCGUCGGAUGUCCAAUCGAAAGACGCACCCAAACCCGAUGCCCCGAAAAUCGUCAUACACAAAAACGACACGCCGAAUAAAUUUUGGGCAUCCGUCGAACCCUACUGCGCACCCAUAAGUCAAGAGGAUUUAAAUUAUUUGGAAGAAUUGAUAAAAACGAGGGAAAAGGAAAGAAAUGGGGAUCUCAUGAAAAUACCACCGCUGGGCAAACACUAUUGUUCCCGAUGGGCGGACGAAGAUUUAGGAGAAGAAGUCAAAAGGAAAUCCGAGCCUCCCGACAAAAUAGGGGGAACGGCCGGACCUCUCACACAAAGGCUCCUCUCGGCUUUCAUAGAAGAAAAAAUAACAACGACGCCGAUACAGGAAAUGACUCCUCCCGAGGGGGGAAAAGGUAGCAAAGAAGUGAGCACCUCUCGUCAGACGGCAAUAAAAAACGUGCAGAGUUUGUCGUUUGAAAGGAGAGUGAGAAAGGAAUUGAGGGAACAGGGAAUAUUGGACGGAGAUGAAGCACCCAAGGAACAAGCAGACGACGAACUUCUUUUGGAAAUAAAAAGAGUGCAGGGAGAACUUCAAGUCAUAUCACAACACAACCUACAACAGCUCAAACAUCUUCACACGCUCGCCAUGGCUCAAAUGCAAAGGCAAGAACUCAAGAGAAAGAUAAAAGGGAUCGAUACGGAGUUGCUCAACAUAUUCGCAUCGAAACAAAAGAAAAAACAUUUUACGAAAAAGGAAAAAGAUCAAGCGUGGCGAUUCAUUAAGGAAAGGGAAUCGCAUUUGAAACAACUUUACGCCAUUAACGGAAAUUGA